AUAGUAGACCAGGUCUACAUGAGAAGUAAAGUGACAUAAGUAUUUAUUUUAAGUACUAAUUUGUAUUAAAUGUCUCCUUCGAAUGAGUUCCCCAGGUUAUCCAAUGACAUCGUCGUUUGUGUAGUUACGGAUCUGUCUCUUAAUGUAACCAUGAUACAAUGGUAAAUUGUGAUAAAUUUGUAUCUCUGAAAUGGUUUGCAACUCAAUGAGCUUGCGAUUCUUUACUUCUCAACUGUGGUGCAAUCUACAGAGAGCUUUCAAACCCACCAAUCAUCUGCUUUCCCGCGCUUACCACAUUGCCAGCAACCCAGAACAAGAUUACCUCUAUCAGUACUACCAGACCUUUGAUUCAGACCUAUUUGCUCAUUUACUGCGAAAUGGGUCCUUUUCUAAUCCUUACUUUAUCAACAAAGUUGUCUCCUUUUGUGCGAAGUUUGCUUCUUAUGAUCUGGGUAUUCAAUUACAUUCUACCAUUAUCAGAAUGGGUUUUACUUCAAACGUACAUAUAUGCAGCGCUGUCGUAGAUAUGUAUGCUAAGUGUAGCGAAAUUCAGAGUGCUCAUGAAGUUUUCAACGAAAUGCCUGAACGAAAUGGUGUUACUUGGAAUUCGUUAAUCUUUGGGUAUUUGAAUGUCAAUUGCCCACAUGUUGCUGUUCAAUUGUUUGUCGAGAUGUUAGGUGCGAUGAGAGGUGUAACAUCAUUUAGUGUUUCGACUUGUCUUGUUGUCUGCUCCCAAUUAGAGGUUCGAAGCUUUGGAGCUCAGGUUCAUGGACUAAGUCUGAAACUUGGGUUUGAUAAUAAUGUUUUUGUGGGGACGGCUUUAAUUGACAUGUACUCAAAAUGUGACGGUGUUGAUGAUUCUUGGAGGGUUUUUGAUUAUAUGGUGGAUAAGAAUGUGGUUACUUGGACUGCUAUGGUCACUGCAUAUGCACAGAAUGAGCAACCUGAUGAAGCAAUGAUUUUAGUAAGAGAAAUGAUGCGUCUGGGUAUUAAGGCAAAUUAUGUGACUUAUAAUAGUCUUCUUAGUUCAUUUUCUGGUCCUAAAUAUAUGCAGUAUUGCAAGCAAGUUCAUUGUUCUAUAAUUCGGUGUGGUUUGGAGUGUAAUCUUUAUAUAGCAGCUACACUUGUGACUGUGUAUUCAAAGUGUACUAACAAUUUGGAGGAUUUUAAUAAAAUAUCCUCUGGUGUUCAAUUAAGUGAUCAAAUAUCAUGGAAUGCAGUCAUUGCUGGUUAUUCAAAUCUAGGAUUAGGUGAGGAUGCUCUUAACUGUUUCUGUGAAAUGAGGCAUGCUAACAUCAAAAUGGACUUCUACACAUUUACAAGUUUGUUAGGAGCAAUAGGGGCUUUUUUAGCUAUUGAAGAAGGAAGGGAAAUGCAUGCUCUUAUUGUAAAAACAGGGUAUGCUUCGAGUGUUUAUGUUCAAAAUGGGCUUGUCUCCAUGUAUGCAAGAUGUGGAGCUAUUGAUGAUUCAAAGAGGGUGUUUUGGUUGAUGGAGGAUCAUGAUGUGGUCUCAUGGAAUGCACUUCUAACAGGAUGUGCUCACCAUGGAUUUGGUAACGAGGCUGUUGAAUUAUUUGAGCAGAUGAGAAAAACUAAGAUCAAACCUAAUAGUACCACCUUCCUUGCUGUGUUAUCUGCUUGUAGCCAUGUUGGUAGCGUGGAUAAGGGGCUUGAGUAUUUUGAUUUUAUGAGAAGUGAUAUAUCACUCGAACCUCUUAGAGUAGAGCAUUACGCUAGUGUUGUUGAUAUCUUUGGUAGAGCUGGGUAUCUAAGUGAAGCUGAGGCCAUAAUUAAUUGCAUGCCUAUGGAUCCAGGGCCCUCAGUUUACAAAGCUCUGCUUAGUGCUUGUUUAGUUCAUGGAAAUAGAGAAAUUGCUGUGCGAUCUGCAAGAAAGCUUCUAGAGCUGUGGCCUGAUGAUCCCGCAACAUACAUAUUACUGUCCAAUAUGUUGGCAACAGAAGGCUAUUGGGACGAUGCGGCAGAUGUAAGGAAACUGAUGUGUGAUAGAGGAGUGAGGAAGAAUCCGGGUUACAGUUGGAUUUGACACAACAAAAGAGUGGUUUCUGUUGCACAUAUUAUUUACUUAAUUCAGUCCAGUCUGUGGAUGCAAUUAAUAGGCAGAUGAUAAGGAAAUUUUACAGGCAGCUGUUGAGAGGCUUAGGUAGAGUUUUUUCAUUUUUUUGUUGCAUAUGGGCGGUUAGUGAUUCAGUUGAGAGAAGAAAGCAAAAUAUUUUUCAUCAGGGCAGCAAUCUACAUUUCUUGAGAUCAUGUCUUCAUUAACAUUGUUAAGUGCUGCAUGCUGGAUAAUGCAAAUCUACAUUUCAUGAUUGGCUGAGGCAGGCAGAUACAUAAAAUAGUGGAUAACAUAACACCUUGGUCUAAUUUGCUUUUUCCAGUUUGUAUUUAGUUGACUGUCUGGUUAUUAAAUGUCAGAGUGGAUCAAAUCAACUUUAAAGCUUCCAAA